AUGGCUAAGCCAGAAAUUCUCACCGGUAGCCAGAGUAUGAACAGCAUCUUGAAUAGCCCUUUGCUUAAAAAGUCCGGCUCAACCAAUUUAUGGCUCUAUUCGGAUUAUUCCGAUUUCCCCAACUCACUGAGUAAUUUGUCAAAGCCCGAGAACGAGGUAAUGGUUUUAAACCGCAAAAAAUGUUAUGCAUGCCCACCUGGGCAUAAAAGGGCUGCCUCGACCACAAGUUUUUUUUACAAGUCGUCCUCAUUGGCAUCUGCUACCUCAUUUCAAGGAAUGUUGCAAUGCAAGUUGAGAGACGGGAUGCCUUAUUAUGUUUUUAGCAUCGAAGAUACAACGAAUGUGUAUGCUGCUAGCCUGUUGAAAGUCGAGCCAUCGGGUGAUAACGGUUUUGACUAUAUUUACGAUUUCUGCUCGAACGUAAAAAGAAAGGAAGAACUUGGUGAUCAAGAAAUCGAGCUUCAAAGCCUAUGCAGGAUGAAAGUUUCGACCUCGAUCACAUUAUGUCCGAAUAGUUCGUCGGAAGUUAAGGAGACUCGGUAUGUUGUGUCUUUUUCUAGUGAGGAUCAUUGUAUAAAUGAGCUGAAAAUCUCGCAUCAUUAUAGGAAAAGGAGCCAAAGAUUGGUGAGUAAGGUGACAAAAGUUUUCAGAUCGAGCCACUCGUUUGACCAGAGAACUUCUGGUGUCAUUUUCGAGGAUUCUACUUGGGACCCAUGUGAAAGUGUGGAGACGGGAUUCGAAAACGAGUAUGUGCAGAACCUAGAAGUCGCUGCCAUUAUAGUAAAGGACACGUUCAAGGAUAAUAGCAUGGGGGGGUGGGGGUUGAAGUUCUUGAAAAAAUGUGGAAAGGAUGUGCCAUUAACGAUGAUUUUGCCCAUGGAGAGCUGCUCGACAAGUUUUGAUGUUUUGAUUCCAGCUGGUAUUCAUGGUGGGCCAAAAACGGGAGAAAGUAGGCCUGCAAAUCUCGUUGAGAGGUGGAUUUCUGGUGGCGUGUGUGACUGUGGUGGCUGGGAUUUGGGCUGCCCACUAAAGGUUCUCAACAUGAGGCCCAGUGGUGCAAAUUCUUGGUAUAGUAUGAGGGACUGCAAGUCAAUUGAUCUAUUUUUGCAGGGAUCAAAAGAAGAUGUGCCAAUAUUCAAAAUGACGAUGAUUCAGGAGGGCUUGUACUGUAUCCGUUUCCAGACGACUCUGUCUACUGUGCAGUCGUUCGCCAUUGCUGCUGCAACUAUUCAUGCUCAAAGUCCUGUUCAUCGGUAG